AGCGUUCAGACUGGAGCGCUCGUGGUACUCGUACACUCACUGGUUCCCCAUGGCGUCCUCUCACGUGAUGAAGGACAACCAGCAGGAGGCGCCGUGCCCGCCCGCCAUGCAGCCCGCGAUGAUGAUGUUCUCCAGCAAGUACUGGAGCCGUCGCGGACUCUCGUUCGACUCGGCUAUGUUGGACCGCCGCCCGCCGCUGCGCCACACCGGUGGACAGAUGGUGACCUUCAUCGUCAUCUUCCAGGGUCCAAACAUCUGCGGACGUUCAAAGAGCUCACGUCGCCCGUCCUUCAGUCCCAUCAGCGAGACCGCCGCUGGGCUGAGUCAGGCGGUGGUGUUUUCGCUGAAGAACGAGGUGGGCUGUCUGGUCCGAGCGCUACGACUGUUCCAGGAGAAGCGCGUCAACCUCAACCACAUCGAGUCGCGCGCCUCCAAGCGCCUUGCCGACGAGGUGGAGAUCUUUGCCGACUGCAGCUGCUGCAAGAAGGACUUCAACGAGCUUCUGGAGGUCCUGAAAGAUCACGUCAACAUCCUGUCCUUCAACACGCCCGCCCACGUCUGGGCCGCGCAGGCCGACGAGGAAGACGUUCCGUGGUUUCCCAUGAAGAUCUCCGAACUGGAUCAGUGCUCUCACAGGGUGUUGAUGUACGGAUCGGAGCUGGAUGCCGACCACCCGGGCUUCAAAGAUGAACAUUACCGGCAGCGGCGCAAGUAUUUUGUGGAGGUGGCCAUGAAGUACAAGUUCGGUCAGCCCAUCCCCCGCAUCGAGUACACGCCGGAGGAGGUCCGCACGUGGGGCGUGGUCUUCAGGGAGCUCAACAAGCUGUACCCCACUCACGCUUGCAAGGAGUACCUGAAGAACCUGCCCCUGCUCAGCCAACAUUGCGGUUAUCGGCACGACAACGUUCCUCAGCUGGAGGACGUCUCGCACUUCCUCAGAGAGAGGUCCGGUUUCACUGUGCGACCGGUCGCGGGUUAUCUGUCCCCUCGGGACUUCCUGGCCGGCUUGGCCUACCGAGUCUUCAACUGUACCCAAUAUAUCCGCCACAGCACCGACCCGCUCUACACGCCCGAACCGGACACGUGUCACGAGCUCCUGGGUCACGUCCCGUUGCUGGCCGAUCCAAAGUUUGCUCAGUUUUCCCAGGAGAUCGGUCUCGCGUCUUUAGGGGCUUCUGAUGACGACGUGCAGAAACUCGCCACAUGCUACUUCUUCACGGUUGAGUUUGGCCUCUGCAAACAAGAAGGGCACUUGAGAGCCUACGGAGCUGGUUUGCUGUCAUCCAUUGGAGAACUCAGGCAUGCGUUGUCAGACCAGGCCUGUGUGAGGCCCUUUGACCCCAAGACCACCUGCAAGCAAGAAUGUCUCAUCACCACCUUCCAAGAGGUUUACUUUGUCUCGGACAGCUUUGAUGAGGCCAAGCAGAAGAUGCGAGAGUUCGCCAAGACCAUCAAGCGACCGUUCUCGGUGUACUACAACCCCUACACGCAGAGCGUGGACCUCCUGAAAGACACGCGCAGCAUCGAGGACGUGGUCCAGGAUCUCCGCAGCGACCUGACCACGGUGUGCGACGCGCUCGGCAAGAUGAACACGUACAUGGGCAUCUGACCGCCGCCACGUGCGCCUCAAGGGCAAGAGCGCCUGCCCGCAGCGGAAUAGAAUAGAACAAGCCUUUGUUGUCAUUGUUGCAGAAAACCAAAAGAUAUUCAAGAUAUGAUGUACAUCAGCAAAGUCUCUGUGGAGGGGGGUGAAUAAUGCCAAAUGUAAAAUAACACGAAAAAUGUGUAAGAAUGCACUCAAAUAAA